CCGCAGGAAGCCAUGGCGCCGUGCUCCGGGGCACUCGCCGACGUUCCUUGAAUUGUUCUGCCGGGGGAUCGAUUGGGAAUUUUUUGAGAUGCGAUAGUUUGCAAACCUGACGCUGGUGGUAUCUGUCUUGCUUGUCCGACAUGUUCUGGAGCCAUAGUUCCCGCGCGGUGCGCCAACAAUGGCGCCUUUGCAGAGGCGUAGCCCGCCGCGUUGCGGGCACAUCACUCUCGCCGUUGUCCCCGUCGAUGGCACGGGCAUUCCAUGCCUCGAGGCCGCUCCUGGCAGUCAAGCCGGUGUUACUGGCCGAUAUUGGAGAAGGCAUCGUCGAGUGCGAGAUCAUCCAAUGGUUCGUCGAACCCGGGGCGCGCGUCGAGGAGUUCUCCCCUCUGUGCGAAGUGCAAAGCGACAAGGCGUCGGUAGAAAUUACCAGCCGUUUCGCAGGCGUCGUCAAGAAGCUAUACUAUGACGCUGGCGAGAUGGCCAAGGUUGGCAAGCCGUUUGUCGACAUCGACAUCCAAGGGGAUGCCAACGAGGAAAAUUCGGGGACCGCGGCACGGCCCGAAGCUCCUCAAAUAGAGGCUGAGGCUCAGCCUGCCCAGAAACCUGUCCGUUCUCCCGCCGAGGAGACGGCGACGGCACAGGUUGAUAUUUCGACCGGGCAAGAACCGGCAACAGCACCUAAGGCUAAGGGAAAGCAUGCGACCCUGGCGACGCCCGCGGUCAGGCACUUAUCCAAGGAACUAAAGGUGGACAUCUCAGAGAUAGACGGUACGGGCAAAGAUGGUCGUGUGCUUAAGGAGGAUAUCUACAAGUUCGUCGAGAGGAGGAACGCAGCAUCCACUCAAGCCCCCUCGCCGCAGCCGGCCCCUGCGACACAAUCUACCGGUGCACUCGCGCCAAACGUUUCGACCGCGGGGCCGCAGCAAGAAACACGGGUCCCCCUCACAAGAACUCAGGAGAUGAUGUUCAAGACCAUGACCCGCUCCCUUAGCAUCCCCCAUUUCCUCUACGCCGACGAGGUAGACUUUACCUCGCUCGUCGAGCUCCGCGGGCGCCUAAACAAGGUCCUCGCCAAGUCCGGCCCGAGCGACGGUCAGGUGGGCAAGCUUUCGUUCCUGCCCUUCAUCAUCAAAGCCGUCUCCAUGGCCCUCUAUAAGUUCCCAAUCCUCAAUGCUCGCGUCGACGUUGACGGUACCGGCAAUGGCAACGGGAACGGAAAACCUGCCCUCGUCUUCCGCAGCCAACACAACAUUGGUGUAGCCAUGGACACGCCCUCGGGCCUCCUGGUGCCCGUUAUCAAGAACGUCGGCAGUCUCAACAUCCUGGACAUCGCGGCCGAGCUCGCGCGGUUGCAAGGCCUCGCCAACGCCGGCAAGCUCUCGCCGCAGGACAUGACGGGCGGCACCAUAACGGUCAGCAACAUUGGGAACAUCGGCGGCACUUAUCUUUCGCCCGUGGUGGUCGAGCGCGAGGUGGCCAUCCUGGGGGUCGGCCGCAUGCGCACCGUGCCGGCCUUCUCGACCGUGCCCGGAGAGAAAGACCGCGUGGUGCGCCGGCAAGUUUGCAACUUCAGCUGGAGCGCUGAUCACAGGGUCAUCGACGGCGCAACCAUGGCUAGGGCAGCCGAGGUUGUGAGAGCUAUUGUGGAGGAGCCGGAUGUCAUGGUUAUGCAUCUGAGGUAGCCUCGUUUGUCUUCGGGUGGAGAGCAAUGGGGAGAAAGGUGUAACCGUUGGCCUUGAAAUGAACAUGGAGGUGUAGGAUGGGGUGCAUGGAAGGCGAAGUGCAGCAUCAGCAUCAGCAGGAUCGGAGAAACGUGCCCAACAUGCCUUGGCGACUGCGUGCUCGUCGAGCUACGCAUUCACCCGGCUGCCAUUUCCGUCCUUCGACUGCUCGCUUAACCCGGUUAUACGCAAACCUGCGGUGGCAGCAAUGCCGAUGCGGUUUUUUUUGUCCCUUUCCUUCGUCCUUUUCUGAAUAAAGUAAGCAGGCCAGCUUUUUUUUUUUUUUUGUU